GUGGCGGCUCGGGGCGGCCCGGCCGCCGGCCCUGCGCGCAGGUGAGAGCCGGGGCGGGCGGGCCUCACUGCUCCCGGCUGCAGCCGGGCGGAGCGGGGUUCGCAGCGCGGCGCUCCGGUGUGUGGUACCGCAGCGCGGCAGAGCUCCCCAGGCGGGAAUCGGGCUCCCUGCCAUGCUGAAGCAUCCUGUGUUUAAAAGAAGAAGAAUUGUUGUGUGCAACAGGUGUCCUCGCAUUUCUUCUGCCCCCACCGCUGCUGUUCUUGGCCUGUUUCUGCUAAACCGUGCAGUGGGACCCCGGCAUCAUUGCAGCAGGUCACAAAAACUUCCCUGUGUGUUUCGUCCCCACAAGAAGAAUCCAGCAUGAAGUUUUAACUUCUUUGUAUGUGCAGUGGUGUUCUCAGACCUGCGAAGCCCUGCCGGUUCCUGCGCUGUGAUACUGGGUGCUGGGCAGUCUGUGAGCCCUCCCCUGUCUGCUGAGUUCUUCUGCAGUUAUUUGGUAAACAAUGAAGGUUCUGUUGCUGAAGGAUCCCAAAGACAAAGACUCUGGACCAGAUCCGUAUAUUAAAGAAUUAGGAUUAUACGGAUUUGAAGCAACUUUGAUUCCAGUUUUGUCAUUUGAAUUCGUAUCUCUUGAAAGCUUAUUUGAAAAGCUCUCUCAUCCAGAAUGUUACGGAGGCCUCAUUUUUACCAGUCCGAGAGCAUUAGAAGCCAUCAAGAUAUGUUUAAAAGAGAGCAGUAAAAACGAAGCCUGGUCAAAAUCUCUUCAACAAAGGUGGAAUUCCAAGCCAGUCUAUGUGGUUGGAAAAGCUACAGCUUCUCUAGUGGAAGAAAUUGGCCUUGUUCCGCAAGGAGAACAGUCUGGAAAUGCUGAAAAAUUAGCUGAAUAUAUUUGCUCAAGCCAGUUGGCGCUGGGGAUUUGUCGCUGUUCCGUAGUUCACGGUGGCUUACGGGAGCUCCUGUCCCCAAAACGACCACCUGCUUGCCGAGGAAUCUCAUUUUCGGCACCAGAAGAGGGUGGUUCUGAAGAAGUUGCGGAGCGGUGUCCCGUCCCAACAGAUGGGAUGGGGGAUGAGUUAACUCCGAAUGCGACACGCGCCCUGGCUCAACAGAUGAGAUCAGCGUGGAUGACAGGACUUGUACGAUGGCGUGUGGCCUCGGGUGUCCCCGGCGAGGAUGCUGGCGUUUGCAGUUCAGGAGCGCAGCGUCCUCCGGUGUCUGGUCCAGUUGUCCCAUGGCUUAGGGGCUGAUGAGUUUUGCGUGGCUGGGUCAGUACGAGCUGUGAAGAAAGAGGCUGAGCGUGACCUGGGAGCUUCUGACGGACGUGCCGGUGCCACAGCGGAUCCAGGACUGCGGUUCCUGCUGCCUGCAGAGCGUCUGGCUGAGAAACACAUCAAACCCAGGCAGCAGCGUUAGUCCCCACGCUCCCUGGAACUCACCGGAAUAAUCUUUGCUCCAGGAGAAAAUCACCCCUAAGGUUCAAUAUCUCAGCAGCAACCUGUUUGCUGGGAGAUCCUUUAUAGACCUGGGUACGUCCCCGCUCAUCUGGGAACGCAGGGAGCCGUAUAGUGAAAAGCCACGUUAUUCAGCCAGUCAAGGUAAACGCUUUGCCUUUGGUUAACGCUGGGCAGAGAAACAAAUGACAAUUAUGCAGUUAUUCUAGAUGUUGGAUGAAUUAUUGAAUUAUUGUAUCUGCUGGUCAAAGCGCCGCUGAACUUGCUGAGUAAGGUGCUGGUGCUUCAGUAGCGGCCGUGAUGUCAAGACCCCGACACGCUGGUUUGGGCUGGUGGGCAUAACAAGAUAGGAAAGAGUGUUGAUUAGCAAAGUCUGCGGAGUAGCGGAGAUUUAUAGGUAAAAGAAAAAUUGAUUGGAGCUGGCAGGUAUUGUUUCUAAUGGGCAGAGUGCUCUGCAACUCAUUGGCAAAUAUGUAAUAUUUAAUGAUAAAAUGAUAGCUGUCUACACAAGAUUAAAUAAUAAAUCCUGCAAAUUAAAAAUGAAAUUUUCAGCGCAAGAAUGCCAUAAGUGACGAAUAACCCACGUCUGCUCUUUGACAGAUACUUUAAAGCAAAGGUUUUUAGCUGAUUUUUAGUGCUAGGAGCUCUAGUUUCAGUGGUGAAUUAAUGUUUGCCAGUUGGCAGAUGGAGGGUUUUUGAAAAGGAAGACAAGAAAAAUACCGCUCUGUCCUGUUGUGUGAAUGGGAGAGAAACUAGGAUCAGGUGUAAAGAAAACAGCGUGUGUGAUACUGGGGGCGGAAAAACCCCUCUUCUUGGUUGUUUUCUCCGCCCAGUUGAGGAACAUCCUGGCCCUUUGGUGACAACCAGUGACAGGACAAGGGGCAAUGGGUGCAAACUGGAACACAAGAGGUUCCACUUAAAUUUGAGAAGAAACUUGUUCCUGGUGAGGGUGGCAGAGCCUGGCCCAGGCUGCCCAGGGGGGUUGUGGAGUCUCCUUCUGUGCAGACAUUCCAACCCGCCUGGACACCUUCCUGUGUAACCUCAUCUGGGUGUUCCUGCUCCAUGAGGGGAUUGCACUGCAUGAGCUUUCCAGGGCCCUCCCAGCCCCUCACAUUCUGGGAUUCUGUGGUUUUGUGAUUCAUUCUUUCAUUAUUCACCUUCUGUGCUUUCAGCACAAGUGAUUGGGAAAAUAGAGGGAUUUAGUCCUUAACUAGCUCAGCAGCUUUAGUCUCUUUUCAAGGCAAAUAUUUGUUAGUUUUAUUCCAGUGUUGGUUACAGGAGCAGGGAGACCGUGGGGCCCAAUGCUGCCUGUAUUCUUCAGACCUCCUGAGGAUUUCUUCUGUGCUCUGUAAACCCAGGUCAGAAGGGAUUAGUGUUCUGUACAGACAUCACACUGACAUCUCCAUUCACUGACAGCAGGAUUGAUGCUGAAAUAUUUAGGUUACCUUAUUAUUUUAAAAUCUUUUACAUUCUGUCCCAAGUUCAUUCUUCCUCCCUGUAGUUCAUUACGAAUAUAUCUGUGGCUUCUAAUAAAACUUCAGUGUGCCAUGAGGACAGUCAAAUAGAUCCGUGGUGACUCCUACCGGGGUCUUUCCAUUUGAUUUUUACUAUUGCUGUUCUUUGUUAUUUUCUUUCCCUGAGGCAUCUCUGACACUUACUGUUACAAACUAGGAAUCUACUUGCAGCACUCACAAAAGCAUUUCUUUUGCUAGUAGUCGCCUCUUAAACGUACGUUUGAAUUAGGAAUUAAAUAGUGUUUGGGAGAACUCCUGUUUAUUUUGGCAGGUGAAUGCAAAGCUGUGUAGAAUUUCAUCUUGAAUUUUUCUCUGUGUUAUAGAAAAGGCAAACUGUGCAAAAACCCCUCUGCUUUUAAAUUCUUAUCCAAAAAUCAACUUCUUCAAUUAAAACGCUCUUGUUGUCAGUGUUUCCUGUCUCCGGCAUGUGAGCACAGGGAAUGGAGGAGGCGAAACCCAAGAGGUGGCGACGGGAAUUAAUACCUGGUGGUAUUCUUUUAAGCAGAAUUUGUUUUACGCCUCUGAUAAUGUAUUAGAAACAUGAAAAACCUGUGGAAGCUGCAUCCCGGGUGUAUCAUGUCCUGUUACAAACAGCCAGGUAUCAAAGGUCCUUCCAAUGUAACAAUAAUGAAAGUUGGAGAUUGCUUCCAUUUUCCAAAGAGGAGCGAGGGAGGAUCUCCACUCCCACUCUGGCCAUGGGGGUAGAAUCAGUUUUCCUUGGGGACGUAAGAAAAUAGAGCUUCGGACAGAUUGAAACCUUCCAGCCUGGGGUUUCAUCCUGUUGUGAGUGUGCUGGAGCAUCUUCCAUAGCGAGAGAGCUGGCGUGGUGAGCGCCACUCCGGUUUGGGUCUCAGAUGGAGGAAGGUUGUGUUCCCGAGGAGGAGGAGACGACUUGCACAGUGCUCGCGUUGCUCUGCAGAAUGCCAAGGGGAAGGGAAAGGCAGUUUAUCUUUUGUGAGAUCUUUUUAGCCAAUGUAUUCAUGUUAUGGAAUAUUUUUUAAUUUACAUGCUAAGUAGCCUCUGUCCUCUGAAUUGCGGGCGCGGUUGCACUGCAGAUGUUUGCAGUUAUCUUAGGGCUGUGUCUGUGCUGAAGCAUGGGGCAUUUACUGCAGCGUUCAACCUUUAAGAUGUAUUAAAUGUAUCAUGUUUACUCUUUAUUAAAGACAUAAGUUAAUUAAAGUUCUUGUUUGUGUGC